UUCUAAUGCUGUAAUGGCCAGCAUACGUUGCCCUAUUGCUGGUUGCAACUGGGAGAACACGUUCAAACGGGUUCUUGCACACAUUAGGAGUUUCCACAGGCCUGACGAUUGUCCAGAAGCUUUCAUUCAAGAACAUGGGUUAUCUAAAUGUCCUAAGUGUUCUCAGUGGUUCCUCAAGAUCCAUCAACACACAUCCAGAUGUUGUUCGUCUUCCAUAUGCGUUGACCACACCCAAACUUCAUCACAAGAACCUGCUAAGGCGUCUACACAUCCUGAUAAGUCUUCUGCUGGUGUUGAAUUGGAGGCAAACUUCCAAUCUGACAGGGAGGCUGAGGCAUGGAGGCUGAUUGACUCUCUGACCACGGAAGCCAUAUUGGAUUGGAUGCCACCACGAACUGUGCAGAAUGUAACACCUGGUCUUCGAGGUUUGUUUCAUGACUGCUGUCUUGUUCCUUUGAGGAAGAUUGAAGAUGACCCUACCAGUGAUAGAGGAUGGAAACUCCUUCUUCUGCUUCCUAGAAUGCUUCUCCAACCACAUGCUAGAGGUGGCAAAGUAGGUACAAGAGAAGUCAAGGCCAUCUACAAUCGCUUUUUGCAGUUUCACUGGCAUGAACUGAUUCAUCUACGUGGAGGAUCGAAUAGAUCUCGCUCUACCUCAGGCCCAGAUCAGAGAAAGAAGGCUGCUAUGCGUCUGAUUCAGUGUGGUGAGAUGUCUCGAGCUUCACAAAUUUUGACUAGUCAGGGUCUUGCUCCUACUACUGAUGACACUGUAAGCAAGCUCUCAAGCAAACAUCCUAAGCGAAGGACAUCUCAGUUGUCUCACGAUGAUUUUCACGAGCAAGAGAAAUCAGAGCAUCCUUUUUCUUUAAAGAAGGAAGCUUAUUUUGAGGCCAUAAGGAAGGCACCCAGAGGAAGUGGAGCAGGGCCUUCUGGUUGGCGAUAUGAACAUCUUCGUGGGCUCCUGGAGAAUGAUUUGACUUGUAACUUGUUCUAUGGAGUGUGCUCGCUCAUUGCAGAUGGUAAAGUUCCGGAUUCAGUUCUGCCACUUCUGACAGCAUCUCGACUCAUUGCCUUACCAAAAGCAAAUUCUGAUGUAAGACCCAUUGCCAUCGGUGAAGCUAUCAGGAGAAUUACAGCUAAGGCUCUGUGUAUUCAGCUGAAUGAAUCUUUCUGCUCCUACUUUUCCCCCAUACAACAUGGCAUUGCUACACGUGGUGGGGCAGAGUUAUUGAUACACCACAUUUCGUUUCUCAUGGAGAGCAAUCCCGACUGUUCAGUUCUCUCUACGGAUGUAAAAAACGCCUUUAACUCGGUAUCAAGGGAUAGCAUACUCAAAGAAUCAAAGAAGAACUUUCCUGAAAUCUAUGCCCAUGUGAGACAAAUGUAUGAUAGACCAAGUACUUUGAUAUAUGUCAACGGUCAGGGGACGGUGAAAUUGCAGUCAGAAGAAGGUGUCCAUCAGGGUGACCCCCUUGGACCAGUUUUGUUCUCGGCAGCAUUACACCCCAUUGUAACAGUUAUUCAGAAUAACCACCCGGGCAUUACGCUUUUGGCAUAUCUGGAUGAUGUCUAUGUUCUGGGACCACCAAAAGAUGCUUUAGCAGUCCUUUUGGAUUUGAAGGCAUCCCUUUCUGAGAUCGGUCUAGAAAUCAAAGAUGAAAAAUGCAAAUUGUAUUUUCCCACUGCUCCUGAUAAUUUCAGCGCUGGUGUCCCAGUUAGCAAAGAUGGAAUCGACGUGUUGGGGUCACCUGUAGGCAAUCAUGAUUAUGUUCAGUCCAGGUGCCUGGCUGUGGCUAACAUGGGCAGCUCGUUGUGUUCAAAGCUACUUGAACUUGACGACCCUCAGUGUGGCCUCCUUUUGCUCAGACAUUGUCAUGUCCCCAGGCUGAAUUUUUUGGCUAGGACUGUGCCACCUGACAGGUUACUGCAUGCAGCUGUUUCCAGGCCACUCUGA